AUGAAGGGGCAGAACCCAGGUAUGUCACAAUCUCAGCCAAGGCAGCAAUCAGGGAUUAAUGAUUUGCAGGUCUGGCAAAAAUAUCUAAGGUACAAGCAACUCGAAGAAUUUGAGAAGCAACGACAGCUUCAACAAUUAGAUCAGGAAGUGAGGCAGCAGAGCUCAUCAAAUCAGUUUUUAGGUGUUGCAAAGCCGGUAGGCGGUGAUACAUUACCCUCGGUGAUAAAUGGCAUGCCCAUUCAUGAUGCAUCUAACUUUUCAUGGCAAAAUGAACACGUGAGAGGAGAGUCAAAGAUGCCAGCCACUUCGCAUAGCUCUAGUGCUGGGAACAUGAAUUGGACAAAACAAAGAGGGGACAUGCCUGUGCAGGGUCUCCAAAAUGGAUUUGGAUUUACUCAAAAUCAGGAUCGGGUAUCAAGGUCAACGGAACCUGUCCAGCAACAGCCUGAUCAGUCUUUAUAUGGGACACCUAUUAGGAGAAAUAGUAACAUCCUACAUCAGUUUUCUCCAUUUCCUGGUUUAUCUAGUAACCGUGCUGAUAUGAUGACUAGAUCUAUUGCUAACCAAGCUGAGAAAUAUCCAAUGAAGUCUGGAAUUCUCAGCUCUUUUCAAAGUGAGCAGUCUCUGUUUCCAGAGCCAGUUUUGAUGCAGGAUGAUCUUGGCGCUAAGCAGAGUUUUCCAGGAAAAGCUUUUUUUUAUGAGGUUCCUACCCAAAACAUAAAUAAUGGAGUUAUGUUAAGGAAUGCUGAGGAAUUGAAUUAUGUUGGAAGAAAUAUCCAAGUUCAGGACUUUCAAGGUAGACAAGGGCAAGCAGAUUGGUCAGGAGGAUCGCAGGGGAAGGUAGGACCGGUGGAAUCAUCCCCAGGUAUGACAAACUUGGAUCCAACAGAACAAAAGCUCUUGUUUGGCACAGAUGGAGAAAAUUUUCGGGUUGAGGCUGCUGGGAGGAAUGCAAGCAUAGUUUCAGGAGGUUCUUCCCACGGAAGUCCUCUGGAGGGUAAUGAUUAUUUCGGCACAUUCCCGUCUUUCAACAGUGGCAGCUGGAGUGCUUUGAUGCAGUCCGCUGUAGCUGAAGCCUCUACCAGUGACACUGCUUUACAGGAUGAUUGGAGUGGAUUGAAUUCUCAGCAGAAAGAGCUUUCCACCGCUGUAGCUGAAGCCUCUACAACGCUUGUUGACGGUGGAAAGCAGCGCACCACAUGGGUUGACAAUCUGCAGAAUUCGUCAUUUUCAAGGCCCUUCCAAUUAUCAGAUUUUGGAGAUGCGAGUUCAAAGAAUCCCACAAAUGCAGUGUUCCACCAAUCUUCUUUGAACUCUGUGAAUUAUCAUGGCGAGAGACUAGGUGUAGAGACCACUGCCAGCUAUCAACAGAAUCAACCGCAUAAACAAAUUAUUGGGGGUGCUACUGGAUCGCAAACACGUUUCGUAAACAAUUCUACCUGUGCUUGGGUAGGACAAUUGGAUGAGCAGCGGCUUCACACCACAUGUGUGGAACCCAAGUUAAGUCAACAGAAUUUCGAUGGCACUUGGGUUGGUCAACAAAAUAAACCAUUAAACAGUGUUGAUAGGCAAUCUUAUAAGAAGACAAACACUUGGAAUAGCAAUGAGUUGCUACGAUCUGGUAGAGAUGAUCAUUGCACCUCUGUUCAUCAUUCCCACGUGAAUUCUCCUGAAGGAGCGAAAUUUAUGCAAAUAGACGAGGAAGGAAAUUUCAUGAAAGCUGUUGAGAGUCUGAAAUCUGUUUCGUUUUCUUUUCAUACUAGUGGAUUCAAUACGGUAGAAUCUGGGAUUGACAACCGGCAGAGCCCAACGGGAAAUCCUUAUGUUCGGGAAUUUGUUGACAUGCAUUCAAAGAACUCAGAAUUUAAUCGGCAGGCACAUCAACAGUCCCUUUCCAGGUAUCAGUCUGAUCAUGAGGAGGUCAUAUCGGGUGGUUCUUCUGUGAAAUCUAGAGGAAAUGAUGAUAUCAAUGGGUACCAGCUCCAAACAAACAAAGAUCCUCAAGCGUGGGAAUCUUCUAUGAAUAUACCGGAGAAAGUAGUUGGCGUAGCCUUUGACAAUAAAUUGGAAAAUGGCUUCCAGAAAGAUGUAUUUGACACGGUUUACAUGUCUAAUAACCCACAACGUGCUCAGCCUCAUGACCACCAGGGCGCAGGGAGAGAAAAUUUCUUGCUUUCUGGAAGUGGCUCUGGUCAGCUAGCUAGUGGGAGUAAAGUCCCUAUAAAUCGGAUUGAUCAAAAAAAUUCUGGGCCUCGCAGAUUUCAGUUUGAUUCACCGGAAUCCCCGAUAGUACCUUCUAGAAUGGAAGGGCAGGAGCUUGAUCUUAUUGCACGAUCGCAGUUUUCUGGCCUUGCUGGGUCAGAUAUCAGAAUGACUGCGGAUGAGGUAAAUGGAGAUAAUAUGCUCUGAUCAUUGUUUGUUGUUUGCCCAGAAUCUCAACUUAAAAUGUGUGCUCUCCUUUUUCAGCAAAAUUUUCUUUAUUCACAAAGAAACGCAAAGGGAACGGAUGAGAUAAAUUUUAGAGGAAAUUUUCCGUCUAUAUCUGGAGAAGGUGCUGCAAAUCAUGCACAAAAUAAAAGUGGUCAAAUGAGGUGAUCCAUUUAGUGUUUGUCACUGUAAUCCUCGAAGCGUGUUUCUGUCUUAUAAGAUUUUUCGAUACCUUAUAUUACCACUACUAAGCUACUAUUCUUACCCUUCCAUUGCCUUUUUUCUUUUUUUUUUGCCAAAAUUGUUCUGUCUUUCUUCUUGUGAUACUUGGUGGGAGGUUGGUUUUUGACAACUGGUUCCAUUUAAUGCAGUCACAAUAUGCUUGAACUACUUCACAAGGUAGACCAAUCGAGGGAAAACUUAACGGCUUCACAUUCUGGUCUUUCUAAUCAUAGUAUGGCAUCUGAGGGAGUCGAUACUACUUCUGACAUGACAUUUCAUUUACUGAGCACUCAGCCUUCUACCAUGCAAGGAUUUGGUUUACACUUGGCUUUGCCAUCAGAACAUCAGUCAACCGUAAACCGUUCUUCAUCUCCUCAAGAUGUCCAUCAUCAUUGUUCUAGGCUUUUCGAUUCAGAAGUGGGAGAGAAAAAUCAGACGCAUUCAGCAUCUCCGGUUUCCAUUUAUAACUCAUCCCCAUUGCACGAAUCAUCUCCUAGAGAUAAUUGGGAUAGCAGGUCUAACUUGUCUGGUCUGCCAAGUAAGGAAAGCCCACGAUCCAAUGCGCAAGUGAACUCCCCAUCAAUGUCUGGUUCAUUUUCUUGCUCUAGAAAUCAGUUGGAACAGCGGCAACACCAGCAACACCAGCAACAACAACAACAAUCGCAACAAUGGCAGCAAAAGCAGCAACACCAGCAACAACAACAACAAUCGCAGCAAUGGCAGCAGCAGCAAUGCCAACAAUGGCAGCAAAAGCAGCAACGCCAGCAAGCCUCAGCUUCCGGAAGAAAUGUGACUAGAGACCAAUCAGGAGAUAUGCCUUAUGGGAAUGAACUUGAUGAAGAUGCCUCCAACAGAAGUCUUAUGUGCGUUGGACGACUCGAUGAUCUUCAUAAUGAAACCAAGCUUGGUAAAACUGUGGUUGAUCAAUCUGAUCGUCAAUUAUUGCCUGCUUCCGCUGGUCUGAUUCCUGCUCCAAAGCUUGAAUCUUCUUUUGGUACUCGUUCACCUGUGAUGUUACCUCCAUACUCUAGUAAUAUUGUUGAACCUCAGAUGCCGGCUGGUGCAACUUCCCACUUGGGAAGAUUAAGCGGAACACCUGAUAGGUCACAGAUGCAGUCGGCAUCACAACAUUCUGUGACACCUACCGUGAAUCAGAAGGGGGCUUUCUCAGCGAUGCUGCAAAAUGUGUGGACUAAUGUGUCAGUGAAGCAAAAAUUUUCUAGUAAUGUGCCUACCAAGGGCGCUAAUUUGCUUCAGCCUGUAAACUCUAGUAUUUCGGACAUGAAUUUCUGGACGUUGCAAAGGCCUGAUGAUCAAGGUAAUAACAGGAGAGAAACUACCUCGGAGUUUGGUACUUCUGCAGUUAAUUCUCCACAAUUCAGAUAUAAUGAAAACCAAGUAGGGAAAGACAAGUCCUUGCAGCAAAUUCUGCCUUUGGAGGAAGUUUCACGAACAGCUAGUUCCUCCAAACUGCAAGAAGAAUGCACGCCAAGACAUACAUCAGUUGGAAAUUCUUCUGCACCUAUGCCAUCCAUGAUACAGUCAUAUCAGCAAGAUCUUGGUAAGCCAAAGUGUGGGGUGGAUUUGUACAUUGAUAAGAAAACAGAACACACUUCCUUGUUGAGCGCUACCUCUUCUAGCUCUGAUAUUGGUGGUUUAGUUCGUAAUUUUAAUGCACCAGCUGUUCAAGAUCAGAAUUAUGCUCUUCUGGAACAACUGCAGGCUAUGAGAGCCGUAGAAGCAGAUUCAAGCGAGCAUUAUGGCAAGAGACUUGAAAGAGCUGAUGCCAGUGUUGAUGCUCAGCAGAUGGCUAAGAAAUUGUCCCAGAAUUUUAUCUAUAAUUAUAAUAAAACAAGUCAAAUUCCCUUGGAUAAUGAAUUGCGUGCAACUGGUCAGCAGAGUUCACUAACCUCAGAUGAAAAAAUGUUAUGUUUCCCAACAGAAGCUAAUGGUAACCGGCAUUUGGUAAGUAGUUCUGAACUCGCUCUCAGUGAGGUUUAUUCUCAAGAUACUGCUAAUGCCGGGAUUGAUGGUUUCCAAAGAACUUUUAUGUCCACUCUGGUAGGAGUAAAACAGCCUAGGCAGAUUGAUCCACGGAUGGCCCCAUCUUGGUUUGAGAAAUAUGGAAAAUUAAAAAACAGUCAGAUUUUAUCGAUGUACAAUGGGUUGUAUGGCCAACACAAGACUGAAAUACCUUCUGCCAGACAGUACUUGUUGUCAAAUGCUUCUGAGGUAGUUAACCCUACUACUACACAGCAGAAAGAUGAUUCUUGUCAGGUUGGCAAUGCCUGGCAAAGUUGCUCUACCACUGCUGCAAAUGAGCUAUCUUUUUUCCCCAAUUACAUGCCCUCAAAUGACAUUGAUCAUAAUUUAGUCCCAAGACUGAAGAAACGUAAAACUUCGCCGUCUGAUCUUCUACCAUGGAGCAAGGCAAUCACAGAGGGAUCUAAGAAGUUGUGCAGCAUCAGGUGAUUAUGAUAAACCGAAUAUAUAUCUUUGAGCUGUCUUCCAAUGCCAUAUUUUCAAUGUUUCAUUAUUUUUUUAUUAACUUGACAGCCAAAUGCCGAUUCAUUCCUUGUUUUAUUUUGUGAUCUAUUCCUAAAUAUUUUCUCAUUAACAGCAUGGCAGAACUAGAUUGGGCACAAGCUUCAAAUAGGUUGAUUGAGAAGGUCCGUUCAUAGUCAUUCACAACUUGCAUAAAAUAUAUCAUCGCCCUUUCAGUAGUUAUGCAAUGUGGCAAGAUGUUAAUGGUUAAAUAUAUCAUCAGGUCAAUGAUGAAGCUCCAGUGAAUGAAGACGGAAUGUCUUUGCCUCCAGCAAGAAGAAGACUUAUCUUGACUACACAACUAAUGCAGCAAUUACUUCCUUCUGUACCGUCGAGAAUACUGGCAGCCAAUGCCACCUCAGAAUAUGAGACUGUGACUUACCUAGUUACUAAAUUAACAUUAAGAGAAGCAUGCAUGGGUGUUUCUCACUUAGGAAGCAUCUUUCAUGUCCCAUAUGACGAUAUAAAUACGUAAGCAUUCUCAUUUUUUACAUUUUGAUCCUGAAAUUCGUUGUAUCUGGAGGUUCACUUAAUCUAUGAUUAUAUAACGAUAGAUAUAAUUUAGAAUUUUAUUUUUAUUAAUGAUCACAUAUCACGUGCAUUUUUUCAGUUUUAUAUCUUAUAACAAUGUUUUCUUUUCAAAGUGACUUCCCUUUUUUAAUCCUUCCAGGUUAUCCGAGAAUUUAAAUAAUACUGGCAGUGUUGGAGUGCACUUCUUUCAAGAAAUUGCAGAAAAAUUUCUUGGAAGAGCAAGCAAGUUGGAAAGAGAAUUACAAAGGUAUGUGUCCUAGGAGAAAUUCUGUAAUUUGAAAUCAAGGGAAAUAACUUUUCCCUAUAAUUUUAUUCUAUCUUCUUAUUACUUUCUGAGCCGAUGCUAAAUUAUCUCUGCAUUAAGGCUGUUCAAUUUAAGCGCUUCAAUUUAUCAAACUUCGUGGAGAAGGAUGUUCUUAAACUUAUCUGGCCAUCAGAUCACCCCUUCACAUUUUCGCCUUACAGAACUUGUGGUAAUUGUUAAGAGGAUUAUUGUAGACUCAUCUAUGAUGGGGUUUUGAAGAAAAAAGUUGCACAGAGUGACCAGAAAAUGUAAUAUGAACCACUAAAUGGCACUGUAUAUAAUGAUUAAUUCUAUUAUAUCGUAUCAUUCUUGUUUAUUAUUUUUGUCUACAUUAGUGACAAUAAAUUUAAUCAUCAUGAAAAUUGUGAGAACAAUAUCAGUAGCUGAUGCAAUAAUUUUGUACAACUACAAGGUAUGCGUGCAAUGAUUUAUCUUCAUCUGUAUUGUUUUCCUUGGAAUAUCAGGUUUAAUACACACCCAAGGGAUUCUCUAGUAAUACUGAUCUCUUGUGGUUGAAUGGAGGUUCAUCUUCUGUGCUGAUCUCCUCAUAUUUCUUCUUUCAGAUUGGAGAAGAGCGCAGCGAUUUUAGAUGUGAGAAUCGAGAGCCAGGACUUAGAGAGGUUCUCCAUCAUCAACCGCUUCGCCAAGUUCCAUGGCCGAGGUCAGGUUGAAUCAGCCGUCAGGGGAUCCUCAGCUCCAGAGACUGCCCCCCAUUCCCAUUGGAAGAUAUUUCCUCAGAGAUAUGUUACUGGCCUCCUAAUAUCUGGAAACCUUCCUGAAGCGGCAACAUGCCUCUCUCUUUAG